AUGGUUACACCUCAGACGCAGAGUACCUUUUCCGGAAUCUCUAGUCCGGUUCUCUUGAAGCUCGAGGACAGAUCGCUAGAUAUCUUCUACGCGGAAUGGGUACGAAACCCUCACCACCAGAAAAAAGCUCCGGGCUAUCUAGAUUUAUUGCCCUCGAUGAAAGCAAGAGCAGCACCAAGAUCUGCUUUGAGUCUCGCGGUCGAAGCGUUCGCUUUGGCCAAUGCUGGAAAUCUGCUUAGUAGUAAGGGGAGGCUGUCUCAUCUAGCACGGGCAAAAUAUGGUGCUGCUCUUUCGGCUGUGAGGACUGCCAUUAUGAAUGAUGCUUUCACCGCCGACGAUUCCACAUUGAUGGCUAUUCUGACCAUCGACAUGUUUGAGGUUGUUUUCAUGGUCAGAGAAGAGCCGCUCAAGCUCCACUGCAAUGCAAUUGAGCACUUGCUCACGUCAAAUGGCACCGAGCAGGUGGUGUUGUCCAACAGUUCCGCAAUAUAUCGAAUGGCGAAUCAUCGCUUGCAAGUCAGGCAACUUGGAUUUGGCCUCGAUCCGUUACCUGUGCAGCUUGCCUAUAUUGAUAUGCUAGAUCCGUCGAUACCAUCGCAAUGCCUUGUGCGAAUACAGCUGCGUGCUCAGCAAACUAUCGCCCUAUCGCGCAAUCUUCUUCUUAAGGACCCCCUCAACAGGCCAACGUGGGAUCAACUUUCGCUGUUACUUUCCCGGACCUAUCACCACCUUGAUGAAUUAGAGGAGUGGAAUAUCAACCUUCCUAUGCUGUGGAAGCCGAAGCGUGUCGAAAUGGCUGAGCAUGAACAUGUCCUCCAGGAUUUGAUCGCAAGUUCCGUACCCAUCACACCUCAUGUCUGGAUCUACGAAGACCCGUGGUUUGCGCACCAGAUGGCCUUUUUCUACCAGGGUCAGAUCGUAUUAAGAACUACAUUACUGGACAUCUUGGCUGCGAUGGAACACUAUGGUAAUACGUACCUAGAUUCCGCCCAGGUUCAGCACGAAAUAGCAAGACAAGAAAGGAUAAUACUCGGCCAGGGUGAUAUCUUGAUGGAAUCUAUCACUCCCUUGCUGGCGUUGAUUGAGUCGGAUGAUGCGGGUGCGAUCCACCUGGCUGGGAACAAAAUCAGUCGGUGUUACGCUCGAGCAAUCUGCUGGACAUUACAGCGAGGAACGCGAUUGCCAGCUGAACAAAAAGACUUUGCCAGGCGAGCCGAGGAUUGGAUGAGAUCUAUUAGCGAUAUUUACUAA